CCCCCACCCCCACCCCACAGAUGAGCCGACGAGCCCCAGCGUUGACCUCCGUGCCCGCCACGUGCCCGCCUCCUCCGUCGUGUCCGGCGGCAUGAGCUCAGCACCCGCCAUCGUCACCAGCCCCGCCUCCCCCACCUUCACCUUCCCCCUAACCAGGCUCUUCUCACACGACUGCAGUGAGUGCCCUCCUUGAGCCGGACUACCCCGGGCCGAAUCCCUGCAUGCAGCCAUACCAGAACCCACCCACCACCACCUCUCUAGGGUGUCUGGUACCAUGCUAGCAGACAUGCCACCUCCACAUCUAUGGAGAGAAUGGCUUACUGUACACAGCAUGUUCCUCUGUCUCUCUGCAUGAGUUGAUUGACAAUAUUUCCAUGGCGAGGAGGUAAAAUGGCCUCUAGGAAAUAGGCCUUGUGUACUUCUUUGUGCCUGGUAAGAUGCAUGCGCGCCCUGGGGGCUCCCGUGUGGUGCAGCGGUCUAAGGCACUGCAUCUCAGUGCUUGAGGCGUCACUACAGACCCACUGGUUCGAUUCCAGGCUGUAUCACAACCGGCCGUGAUUGGGAGUCCCAUAGGGCGGCGCACAAUUGGCCCAGCGUCGUCCGGGUUUGGCCAGUGUAGGCCGUCGUUGUAAAUAAGAAUUAGUUAACUGACUGACUUGCCUAGUUAAAUAAAGGUUUAAAAAAAAAGCUAAUGUAGUCACUCCUCGCUGGACUAACUGCCUAGGCAGAUGCAUGUGCGUCAUUGAAGUGAAUGUGGUUACUCUCUACCUUCUGUAGAAAGUGUGUUUUGUACCAAUAGGGUCCACAUUUCCUCUGUAUAGACUGGAGCAUGAAGUCCAGUGGUCCUCGUACACCCACCUUUAGCCCAGUCUGUCCAGUCUGACAGACAGACUCCCCUUGCAUGACAGUAGUGAGCGAAGUGACCUGAGAUUACCUAAUGUGACUCCAUCCUGCCAGCCCACCUCUACACCCUCCAGCUCACCCCAACCACCUCACCCAACCACCUCACCCAACCACCCUCCACCUCUCUGUCAAUUGCUCACCCACGUCUCUUAACCCCACACUCCCUAACAUCCUCUGACUAGCAUUACAUCUACAUUCUUCUUUCUUUCUUUCUUUCUUUCUUUCCCUCUCUCUCUCUCCCCCUCGCUCCGUCUCUCACUGAGCAGGCAGUAUUAAAUCCAGUCGCCGUUCCUCCUAUCUUCUAGCCAUCACCACGGAGCGCUCCAAGUCAUGUGACGAGGGACUCAACACCUUCAGAGGAGAGGAGGGCCGCAUCUUCUCGUGAGUACUGGAACACCGGGGGAGACAUGGGAAUCGAUUAUGAGGGAUUCAUCUGAAGCAUAUGAUCAAUUAAUUUCAUAGGAAAUCUUGCAGUAGCCAUUUUGAACUUAUUCCUAACCCUCCAUUUUAUUCUCCAUAGGAGGCUGCCAAAGAGAGUGAAGAGUUUCUUCACAGAUGGGGUGAGUUUUUCCCCUGUUUCACAAUAACAGUAUGCUGUACCCUACACGUAACUACAGUGCAGAUUGCAGAUGACCUACCAUUUCUGGCAGCUUGGAGGGUGUGUCUGAAACCAUUUGUUUUCAGUGUGUUUAUCCUAAAACCUGUCAUGGAGUGGUGUGUAACCUUUGACCCUGUGUGCGUGUGUUAGUCCCUGGACAGUCUGGGGGCAGCGGAGGAAGCGCGCUCCAAACGCCACUCCACCUCAGAGCUGGGCAGCAUCAGCUACAGUGACAUAUGGAGAGAGGGAUGGCUUCACUACAAACAGAUCCUCACGGAGAAGGGCAAGGUGGGUUAGAGCGAGAGAGAGAGAGAGAGAGAGGGGGAGGAAAAAGAAAGAAAGAACAAGUAGAGGAGUAGGACUUACUGUAGUUCAAUUAACCAUUUCUUCUCUGUCUCUUUCUCUCACUCUCUCCAUUCCGUUCUGUGUUACAGAAGGUGGGCAGCGGCAUGCGUCCGUGGAGGCGGGUCUUCUCGGUGUUGCGCUCCCAUUCGCUCUUCCUUUACAAGGACAAGCGGGAGGCAGUCCUGCGAGGCGCCACUCUGGGAGGUGAUGCCGACGAGGAGCAGCCAAUCAGCAUCCGGGGCUGCCUGGUGGACAUAGCGUACAGCGAGACCAAGCGUAAGCACGCGCUGCGGCUGACCACUCAAGACUUCUGUGAGUACCUGCUGCAGGCCGAGGACAGAGAUGACAUGCUGGACUGGAUCAAGGUCAUCAGGGAGAACAGCAAGACCGACAAUGAGGUGGGUCAAAGGGCACCACUCUCACUUCUCAACUGACCUUUCCCCUCUCAACUCUGAACCUAGAACCCUCUGACCUCUCAGCUCUCAACUCAACUCUGACCCUAGAACCCUCAUAUCUUAUGUCACACACUGCCUCCUAUUUAUAUAUCUCCUGUAACGUUGUACAUGUCACCUUUCUUCACUGGUGUUGCUACAGUGUAAGGCUGUAUUAAUGAGGGAGUGGUCUGUGUGUUUGUCUGUCUCAGGAGCUGGGAUUCUCAAGACAGGCUCUAAUCAGUAAGAAGCUCAAUGACUACAGGAAACAGAGGUGAGGGACACCUACCUGUCACUAUGACAGCAGUAGUGUUUGGUACAUCCAUGUUGCUUGUCCUGGCUGGUAGAGUCAGUGUGUAACAGUCUUCUCUCUGUCUCUCCCUGCCUGCAGUCCAACAGGCAACAAGCCAGACUCCUCUCCCAGGGUGCCCCGUGCCAAGCCUUCCUUCCUGCUGGCCAAGAUGGAGAACGCUGCCGGGGCACCGCGCUCACCCAAACCUGAGGGCAAAGGUCAGUGGUAGUCAGAGACAGGAACCAACCAGCAAUGGUCAUUUCAGAUGGAUGUUUGUUCUGACUCUGUGUCUGUCUGUCUGACUCACUGUCCCUCUGUCUGUCUGUCCCCAGAUGAGAGCAGCCCCCCUAAGUCGCCAUGGGGGAUCAACAUCAUGAAGAAGUCCAAGAAGUCAGGGCCCAAGGCUUUUGGAGUGAGGCUAGAAGACUGUCAGCCAGCUGCCAAUAACAAGGUCAGCCAGAGCCUCCCUUCCUCAUAUACUGUAAAUGUAUCAUUUUGGGUGUGUUUAUAUGCACUGUUAAAGUAUUUACUGAAAAUGUAUACAGUCUGAUAUACCACGGCUGUCAGCCAAUCAGCAUUCAGGGCUCGAACCACCCAGUUUAUAAUGUGGUGUAUAUGUGUGUUGGUAAGGUAUAUGUGUCCACUCCUGUCCGACCCUCCCCUGUCUGUCUGUCCUCCCAGUUCAUCCCUAUGAUUGUGGAGAUCUGCUGUGGGCUGGUGGAGGAGAUGGGUCUGGAGUACACAGGCAUCUACAGGGUCCCAGGGAACAACGCAGUGGUGUCCAGCCUUCAGGACCAGCUCAACAAGGGGUCGGACAUCAACCCUGCAGAGGAGGUGAGCAGAGCAGGAUCACAUUCGUACCCACGGGCACACACACACUCUAACGUACAGUAAGCAGUAAGCAUAGUACACCAUGGCUGGAUUAGCUGGACACAGUAUAUCUAGUCAUCUGUGGGAUGGUGUUAAACAGCUUCACUUGAAAUCAGUGGGGUAUACAAGUGUUCAACAACGGGAAAGGAUAAUAUGACCAUCAACUAUUCUAUCCAACCAUUUCUCUAAAGGUCCUUUUAGUAUUGCCUUUGACCUCUCUCUCCUGUUUUUACCUCUUCACAGAAAUGGCAGGACCUGAACGUGAUCAGCAGCUUGCUCAAGUCUUUCUUCAGGAAACUUCCAGAGCCCCUCUUCACUGAUGGUGAGUCCCAUUUUGUUAGAUGAACCGUCAGUAAAGACAUGAAUAAACUCACAUUCAUCCUGCUUUUUACAGUUACAGUUGAAUGUUAGUUUUUAUUUAAAUGUAACUAUUCAUAUUACUCUUAUCCUCACAGAUAAGUACAAUGACUUCAUCGACGCUAACCGGAUGGAGAAUGCCGGGGACCGGCUAAAGACCAUGAAAAAACUGGUAUGUGAACGUUGUCUGAGCAGGUUUUUCUAUUUGCAUAUCCGGUUUAGUCUUUCCCUGGAAGGAUGGAUGAUAUGUUCAAGGGCUAACAGAUUACACAGGAUACUCAGAAGUGUUGACAUAUUUCUCCUUAUCUCUCUCUCUCUCUGUUAGAUUCGUGACUUACCGGACCAUUACUACCACACUCUCAAGUUCCUGGUUGGCCAUCUGAAGACGGUAGCUGACCACUGUGAGAAAAACAAGGUCUGAAUACUGUUUUCAUAGUGUUUGAAUGUAAAUGUGUUAUUAUAGGUUGCAUCCUAAAUGGCACCCUGUUCCCUAUGUAGUGCCCUACUUUUGUCCCGGAUCCAAUGGCACUUUAUUCCCUAUAUAAAGUGCCCUACUUUUUACAGUGUUACAGUUCAGAUGUGUUAACAUGUGGUCGUCAUUGUAACAGAUUAUUAAGGAAGACUGAUAUAAUGAGAUGUAUUGUUUCUGUGUGUGUAGAUGGAACCUCGUAACUUGGCCCUGGUGUUCGGGCCCACGCUGGUGCGGACGUCUGAAGACAACAUGACAGAUAUGGUGACUCACAUGCCUGACCGCUACAAGAUAGUAGAGACGCUCAUCCAACAUGUGAGUGACCCUCUCCUCCCACACACCACCCAAUAACCAAUGACAAACCUGUUUACUGGCUUCAUGUUAACUCUCCUCCAAUGAGCUGUCACUACCCUGUAAGAAUAGUCCCGUGUGGCUCAAUUUGUAGAGAAUGGCGCUUGCAACGUCAGGGUUGUGGGUUCGAUUCCCACGGGGGACCAGUACAAAAAUGUAUGCAGUCGCUCUGGAUAAGAGUGUCUGCUAAAUGACUAAAAUGUACAUUUUUUGUCAUUUCUCAUCUCUGUUUCCUCCCACAGUAUCUCUGGUUUUUCAGUGAGGACCUGGACAAGGAUGAAAAGGUACAGUAAGUCUUACUGUGGAAACAGCUGUUCAGUUCACACAGUCAUGUUGGAGCUGACAGUGUAGUCUGCUACAGUAAACAGCCCAAAUAGAAUCCUGGGAUGUGAUAUGAUACAGUAUAUCUUACCUAUGUGUCAUUGGCUGUGUCUCAUAUUGCACCCUAUUCCCUUCGUAGUGCACUACUUUUUACCAGAGCCUUAUGGGCCGUGAAAAAAUAGUGCAUUAUAUAGAGAAUAGUGUGCCAUUUGGGACAAAGUCACAGACUCUUGUGCAGGACUUAAAUCCAGUGUUCAUGUUUUGUUUGACUCGAUGCCUUUCUCCCCUUCAGACUCCAGUAGACACGAAGGACCUGGUGCCUGCCCCCAACAUCGACCACUUGCUCUCCAACAUCGGCAGGACCGCUCUGCUAGGGGAGGCCUCAGGUGAGGGUCCGCCCACCACUGCCCAAAUGCACCAAUCACAACCUGCACUGAGCUACUGACAGCCUGUGCAGACCAAUCACGGUUCAUACUGUGGCCGAACUGGCCAAUCAGUGACUGUCAAUUAUUAUUGACGGCCACACAGUUGAACCAAAUCCAUACAAUCAAGAAAUAGGCAUGACAUACAUUUGAAAUGAUUUGCACUUGCCGAGUUUCUCCCUUUCCUGAUUUGAUCAAUCACUAGACUGUGCUUCUUUCCUCUCACCUGAUUUUAUUUUCUUCUUUGUUACUCAUCUGUCACUUUCUCUUCUACAUCGCUGCCUCCCUCUCUUAGCUGAGCCUGUGGAGCAGCCACUGCGGUAGGAUGGGAUUUCCCCUGCCAAUUCCUGUGUGUGUGUGUGUGUGUGUUUGAGAAAUAGGGAGUUGUGGUGUGAUGGUGUUUGUAAGUAAAAGGUGGGUGGGUGUGUUUGGUAUGUGUCACCAUCUUCAGAGGAAGUUGCUCUCUGCUCCCUCAGUGUCAGCUUGACUAAGGCAGGAGGUGUGUGUGAGGAUGGCCCUGCAUUGUCACCCAGUCUGACUAAUGGAUUAAUGACUUCGUGUCCUCUGUCACUGAGAGAGAAAGCCCCUCUACAGUGGUCUGUCCAUCUGUCUGUCCUGUCUACCUCACCUGCUCCACUCAUUCUCUAUAGGCCCUCUCAUGUGUUACUCUGGGGUUUUAGUGUGUGUGUGUGUGUGUGUGUGUGUGUGUGUGUGUGUGUGUGUGUGUGUGUGUGUGUGUGUGUGUGUGUGUGUGUGUGUGUGUGUGUGUGUGUGUGUGUGUGUGUGUGUGUGUGUGUGUGUGUGUGUGUGUGUGUGUGUGCGUGGUUAACUAUACUUGUGGGGGCCAGAAGUCCCCACAAUAAUAGUAAACAAACAAAGAUUUGACCAACUGGGGACAUUUUGUUUGUCCCACAAGGUCAAAUUAUAUUUCUAGGGGGUUUAGGGUUAAGGUUAGAAUUAGGUUUAGGGUUAGGAGCUAGGAUUAGUUUUAGGGUUAGGAGCUAGGGUUCAGGAUAAGGUUAGUGUUAAGGUAAGGGUUGGGUUUAGGGUUAGGGGCUAGGGAAAAUAGGAUUUUGAAUGGCACUGAAUUGUGUGUCCCCACAAGGUUAGUUAUACAAGUGUGUGUGUGUGAGCGUGUUUGUGUGUGUGUGUGUGUGUGUGUGAGUGUGCGUGUGUGUGAGCGUGUGUGUGUGUGUGUGUGUGAGCGUGUGUGUGUGUGUGUGCGUGAGCGUGCGUGUGUGUGUGAGCGUGUGUGUGUGUAUGUGUGUGAGCGUGUGUGUGAGAGCUAGUGUGAGUGUGAGUGUGAGCGUGUGUGCGAGAUGGUGUGACCAAACUCUUUACUCAACCUUGAUUUCUGCCUUCCCUCCUCCCGAUGCUUCCUUCACCAGUUGAUGUCAUCAGUGUUUGCCGUGAUGUCAUCAGUGUGUGCUGUGAUUCCUUAAAGCUGUCGUUUUUCCCCACCCUCGCCCCUCUCUCCAACGACCCUGGUCACAUGCCAUUCAGUUUGAUCAACUCCAUGACAAUCAGUGGUUUGUGAUGACAUGUUGUUCUGUGCUGUGUGUUAAUGGUGUGUGACCAGUGUCUGUAUGAUUCUGUUCCCCAGGGGAGGGUGGAAGGUAGAGGGUGGGCACAGAGGAUGCACAACUCUCUACUAAUUGGAUUGUCGUUACAUUAGAGCAGUCAUAUUUCCUGUGUUAUAACAGUGUUGAAAUUGUGUGUUUAAAAGCUCUAGCUAGCUAGAGAACAGAAAGGUUGAUUGUUUUCUGAGCAGCAGCUCUGUGCCCCCAUCUCUGCCAUUCACGCUCCUCCUCCCCUCCCAUGUAACACAGACCAGCUUUACAGUGUACCUUCUCCUCUGACCCUCUCUCUUUUUCCUCUCUCUUAGACUCAACCAACAGUGACUCAGCUAAAUCUAAGGUAAGGCCUCAGAUAGCCAACUAUGCUGUUUUACACUAGUUAUUGAACUUGUUAUUGAACUUCUGGCCACUCAUAUCACACAGAUAGCAGAAACUGAGCACAGUUUCACAGACACAAAACAAUCUUCUUCCACUACCACAAAAAUACUUUCAAAGAGCUGAAGCAAGUCACACAAUGUUUCUUCACACCAUCUAGUUAUGGUUGAGGUUGUGUAAAUCAUCUGACCUUUGACCUAUGUGACUUUGUUUUGCCUCAGGGGUCGUGGGGGUCAAAGCGAGACCUCACUGCCAAGGACUUCCUGACACUGUCCAUCAUGUCCGCUGUCACCGGAUGCAAGCGCAGGAAUCGCCACAACGGCCGCCUGGUGGGCAGCAGCACGGACGACGACUCGGAGCACGAGCCAAUCAAAGCCAGCCACCUGGGCGCGGAGGAGGCGGGGCUGGUGGUGGGAGGAGCAGACACCGCCCCACGAGCAGAGGGAGAGGAAGAUGAGGAGGAGGAAGAAGAGGAGUCUGUAGUAGAGAGAGUGAGAGUGCAGGAGGAGGUGGAGGUAGAGGAGGUGGUAGUUCCCAGCAUGCCGUGCGGUGGUGAGAAAGAAAAAGCAGGGCAGACGGUGAUGCUGCUCCCUGAGGAAGAGGCGGUGACGGCGGAGGUGAAGGGCAGGGCGUGGCGGGGGCCAGAGGACGCUCGCUCUAUCGUCUCCGGUUACUCCACCCUCUCCACACUGGGGCGGAGCCUGGCGUCUGAGGGCCGGUGCGAUGAAGCUGACGACGAACGCAACGAGCUGGUGAGCGAGACGGACAAUGAAAGUGGAUUCGCCUCACGCUCCCUUACCCAGGAGAGACCUGAGAAACACCCCCUCUGCAUCCACUUCACCCACCCUCACACCCCACUAUCCCCCACACAGCCCCCCACAGCAGCACAACGAAGCUUCCUGUACACACACUACAAACCCCCCGCUGUCUCCCCCACUCCCCAGCACACCACCCCCACCCCCUCCACACACACUCAGGACCCUGGGGAGAGGAGCGAGGGUGGGGCACGAUCCACCACCCCUUCCUCCUCCUCCUUCUCGUCCUCCUCCACCACCCACAGACUGCACCCCCGGCCCUCGUUCAACUCCCACAAGCUGAUCCAGUGUGACACGCUGGCCAGGAAGAAGCUAAAGGACAGAGGGAAGACCAAGGCUUGUUCUCUGGACCUGCUGGACCUCCCUGGGCCUUCAGGAGAGGAGGAGGGAGCUGGGGCACCAGGGGCCCAGAGGGACCGAUCCAGGACCAACCCUUCCUCAGGGAGCAGCCAGGAGAGCCUGCGUCCCCCCCAGCCCAAAGCAGCCCUGCCGCCUAGCGAGGCUGCCUCCUUCACCCCCAGCGGGACAGGGCAGGGUCAGGGGCUCGGGUCUCUGGCUGACCAGGUGCGGGCGCGCCUGCUGGGCUCGGCUGAUGACCUGCGUAUCGUGGGGCUGAGGAAGCCACUCUCCCCAGAGACAAGGAGGAAGAGACGGGCCUGGAGAAGACACACUGUGGUGGUCUCACCUACCGAGACGGGCGACAAGAGGCCUGCGCUAGCCACCAACGAGUUCCCCAUGUCCCUCGCCACUUCCAACCAGGACAAACCACAGGGGUCACCCCUCGACCCCCAGGAGCUUGACCCAGGACAUCCUCUUCCCCUGGGCCAGAAUCCCCCCGUCACACGCCGAACACCAGCCUCCAGGUUCCAUCAGUAUCUGUAA